CAAAUUAGCGGUCGGUUUCGUUGUAAGAAUCAACUUGACGGUGAACAGGUUUAUCUCGGUUUUUGAAAGCAGACUUUCUAGGUACGCUACGAAUUCUUGCAAUUUCUGUUCAAAAUUGCCAGUGUAAUUUUAUUUUCUAUCCAAUUUCUGAGUGUCAACAUCAAGUUUUUUGUAAAAUUUUCAACGUUACUAGCUGAACUUUGAGCGCGAUCUGGCGGGCUUCUUCGCAAGCAGAUUCGCUUCGUGUUGUUUAGAAUUAUUUAGAUCGAAGGUCAAGUAGGCUAGCGCCGUGACAACAAGUUUGGAGCAGAACUUUUUAACGAUUUUGGCCCAUUUUCGAGACAAUUUGUACCUUUGGGCGCUGAAGGAUGUGUGGGAUUUGUCCGUCGCUUUGAUCUGUUCUGUAGACUAAGAAUACAAUCUUCUUCGCGAGAUAGUGAAGCUGUAUGCUUUAAAAGCUGUCAGUGGUGGAGAAAAUCUCUUUGCAUCAUGGGAACGGACAGCUUUCUUCUGUGCCAAACCUGGCCAGGCUGAAUUUUUAUCACAGCCAUGUAGUCACCAUUCCCAGCGCUUCUGCGCCGAGCAACUAAAAUGGAUGACCUCAAUGGCGAAUAUCAUGAGGACUUCUUCAUGAAGGAGUUCCUCAUAGAGCCAUCCAAACCAACUAGAAACAUGUACGGCAACAACCUUAUGCACCAGCAAACACAACAACAGCGACCGCAGCAACAAAUGCAGUCAGGAAUGAUGUAUGGUGCUAAUCCAGGGAUAUGUGGUGUCUCAAACUCUACCAGCUACCCAAGCUCCAAUUGCUAUGAAAGUAAUGGGGGCUUGGAUUCAUUGUCCAUGCACAAUGCAUCUAUUGUGGAGACUUCGUUAGGUGCUCCACAUUAUUUGCCGAAUAUGUCAUCACAUUUGGCAGGAAUGCAACAAAUGUCUUCCUCCAGCGUAAAUUUACCUGGCUCUUCAUCAAGGGGAGCAAUGCAAAAUAACAGCUUGAGUAUGAAUAGUAGUGCCAUGGGCAUUGCUGUACCUAACCAAUCUGGUUUGGGUAUGGGUUUGACUGGAAAUGGUGCUACUUCCAAUCGAAUCUCAUACAAUUCAUCCACUAAUCAGUACGCUGGACCAUCAUCUGGUGUAAUGGGUUUACACCCUAGUGGUUCAAUACAUGGUUCUGCCACAAGUAGUUUACCUUUGCAUAGCCAACCAAAUAACAGUUUGGGCUUGCACUCAAACCCUCCCUCUGGAGGACUGGGGUUACACUCCUCGUCAUCUUCCAGUAACUUAGGGAUGCAUUCUGUGCCAUCACCUAGUGGGAUGGGGAUGCAUUCGUCCCCUUCACCAGCUGGGCUCAGCCUGCACUCUACGGCAGGCUUGCAUUCAGCACCAGCAAGUGGAAUGGGUUUGCAUUCAAAUCCCUCACCAGCCAUGCAUCCAAAUGCCUCUCCUAGCAAUCGUGGAAUGCUUUCCAGUGCAUCACCAAGUGGUAUGGGAAUGCACUCCAGCGCUUCCCCCAGUGGCAUGGGAAUGCAUUCAAAUGCAUCCUCCAGUGGUAUGGGAAUGCAUUCAAGUGCUUCACCUAGUGGAAUGGGAAUUCAUUCAAGUGCCUCACCUAGUGGAAUGGGAAUUCGUUCGAAUCCUUCUCCUGCAAUGCAUUCAAGUGCUUCCCCUGGUGGAAUGGGAAUGCAUGCUAGUUCAUCUCCAGCUGGCAUGGGUAUGCAUUCGAACAUGUCAAGCCCAGCCUCGAGUAUGGGUAAACCAAGUGCUUCCCCUAGUAGGUCUGCUCCACCAGUUCCUUCCCCAAAUGUUUUGAACUUGCAAUCGGCCUCUGUACGGAGUCCUAUGGCAGCCUCAGCAUCAAGAAGUCCAUUUCAAUCAUCUCCAAGUCAUUUUUCUAAUGCUUCUCCUGCUAGCAACAUCCCAAGUGUAUCACCAGGCCAUCUAAGCCGACCAAGCACCUCGCCGGGAAGAAUCAACAUGAUGACUACCUCACCAAUGGGCGCCCAUGAUAUGAAUGGUGCUAGUUACAGUGCAUCAUGCAGUGAGGGUAGUUCUCCAGCUGCCUUAGAGAGGCUAGCUGCAGAGCGACUACCAAGUGGUGUAACUGUGUGUGUGGCAGAUAGGGGUGAAGUGUUAGGUCAAUUGAGAAGGACUCCACCUUCUCAGGAUGUGUUAACUAUUACGCCUGUACAAGAUAUGUAUGGUGGAGCUGGGACUUCUGGAGCAAAAAAGAAGAAGGAUAUGAGUCAAGUCAAGAAAGUGAGGCGGAAGGCUGACGAAUCUGGAGGAAAAGCAAAGAAACGAAAAGCUAUCAGAGCUCAAUUAAUUAGUAAUGAUCCUCGUGGAGAGACCGGUUUUGGUGCACCUAGUCUUUAUGAUUUAUUAACUGAUGAUAAUCCUUGUGAUGCAUCAUUGCUCAGUGUAGGUGGAAUUCCUAGUGGCACUGCUAAUUAUGAUAUUACAACAGCUCAGGGUACAGUUAAACGGGGUCGCAAGAGAAAAACUGGCGAGGGUGCUCCUAAAGCCCCUCCAAAACCAAGAACUACAGUGACCUACCAGAGCCAGAUCUCAAGUCAAAAUGGGAUCAAACUUAGAAUUAAGAAGUCAGAACCAGUUAAAAAGCCCGCCAAACAGAGAGUUCGUAAAAAGAAAAACAAAUCAGCCCUUGAUUCUGAUUCUGAUGAAGGUGGCCAUCAUAAACGUGUUAAUCAUAAACAGGCUUCAGAUCCAAGUGAUGAAGGAAAGGAACAAAGCUGUUGGGGUUCUGAUGUAUUACCAAAGAAAGUUCUUCAUAAAAUAUUUAAAUAUGUUUCCUAUGAUGAGGGCUGUGUGCCUUUCCUUGUCAGAAUGCAACGGGUAUGCAGACACUGGCGAGAAGUGGCUACUUCUCCUGAUCUAUGGCACACCAUUGAACUCUGUAGUACCUGGGUGCGAGAUCGUGCUAAAAAUCAUCAUACUUUCCGUUGGCUAUGUGAAAAUAGAUUAACACGUGUUCGGGAACUCAAUCUAGGUGGAUGGAAGUUUUCUGGCAUCCCAGCACUACUUGAUGUAAUUGCCAACAAUUGUGUUGAGCUUCGAGGUCUUAAUUUAACAGGUUGGCAAGGGCUCCACAUAGAACAUAUUAUGUUCCUCGUUACAAAUUGCCAAAACUUACAAAAGUUAGAUCUGUCUGGAGUUAAUCCGGAGGCGCACAAUAACAAAGGUGCUGUUGUAUCCUUAAGUUCUAUGCAACACCUGACAUCUGUGAUGGGUGACAGAUUAACUCACCUUGUUCUAGCCAAUAAUAAGCUAGCUGGAGUGCCCCAGAUUGUCAUGGCAAUAGCUGGAGCAUGUCCAAAUCUAGAAGUUUUAGAUAUGUCUAACAUACGCACAGUAUCUCAUGCUACUGCUCACAUCCACCUUGAAAAUUUGCAAAAGGGAUGCUCCAAACUUCGUGUCUUUCGAAUAACAAACAGUCAAUUUGCAUUAGCACCUGUCAGCAUCAAGGAACAGGUUGAGUCUCCUGGAUUCCCCAAUUUAGAAGAAUUGAGUGUUGCAUGUCCCAAUGGUCGCAUGGAUAGCCUUGUAACAUCACAACCAUCAAUUGAUGAUGAUGCUAUUGGAAGGAUAUUAAAAACCUCAAACAAGUUACGCUUGCUGGAUGUCCGUGGUUGUAGUAAAAUCACAGGAUCAAGCCUUGUUCGUAUUCCUGCCUGGGACCUUGAACACCUAUUUCUCUCGGGCUGUUAUGCAACGAGGAUAUCUGAUUCUGGACUAGAAUUAAUCACCCAGAAAUGGGGUCACAGUCUCGUAGAACUUGAUUUGGCGUGGAGCUCUGCCACUGAAUCCUUAGAUCUUGCUGUAGGGGCUCUUGCUGAAGUUCCAGAGAAAGGAACUACAUCUCCGUUGAGAAUUUUGAACCUGUGUGGAUCAUCUGUGAGUUUAGACCCUGUAAAGGCAGUCCUCAUUAACUGUCUGAAUCUAUUCUCCCUUAAUUUAGCAUCAUGCAGAGGUCUGCCUAGGGGAAUGAAAAGACAUUAUGAAGGAAUUGAACUUGUUGAGCUUCGAUCACAGUAUGAGGACAAGCCUAGAAAACCAAAAGUUGAAGAAACCUCUGAACCUGUUGACUCUCAAAAUGAGGAAGAACCAAUUGACAACAAUUGUGUGGCAGGAAGCAGCGCACAGGUGGACACUCCAAACGACGUAAAAUCAGAACAUGAACCAGACUCUGAUGCAGAUGUAGACCUGAAUGAAGAGUCUGAGGAUGAGGCUGAUAAAGAUGUUGAUGAACAGGGCUCAGAUUUUGGUCUUGAGUCUGAUCUUGAGCAAGAUGCUGACAAUGAACGGGGCAGUGAAGUAAAAGCAGAGGAACCAGAACAAGAGUCUGAGUAUUUAUAUCCGAGCGAGAGACACAACGCUUCUCAACUCGAGUGUGAAGCAGACACUUUUUCGCAGUCACGCGCGCCUACUAACAACCCGUAUGAGGAGCUAGACAGACCCAAGACUGAUUCCCUGCUGUUACAAAGCCCACCCUCCCACCAAACUCAGCCUUCCGAGUCUGUGAUGGAUGACAUGGUGAUGACCCCCGAAGACCUGCAGAUGGUGGCUGAGGCUCUGGCCAACACCCCUGACGCGGACAGGAUCGCAGCGGCCGCGGAGGCCGAGGCCGGCAUGACUCCCACGGGGCGCUCCACUCCCAUCGCCCCGAGCGCGGCCAGCUCCACGCCUCACUCGGGGACGUACUCGGAGGCGGGCACCCCGGGGCCGUCCGGGACUCUGUCGGAAGCGGGCACUCCGGGCACCCCGGGGACGGCUCCCACGUCAGGUACCACACCUCAGCAGGGAACGGACGGCGAUGGAGAACUGUUGGCUUUAGCUCAAGAUGUCAAGUACAGCUUGGAUAACCAUCUCAACUUCUCAUUUUCAGAACUAGACUGUGGGCCCAGUCUUCAGUAAUGUUAGGGAUGCUGGGCUGGUUUGCACAAUGAUCUUCAGAGCCAGUAUUUAUCACCAGGGCUGACCCAAUCCGCGGCUGUGGCUUUGUGGGCUGUAUAUCUGUGAUCCGAUCCUCGUUCUGAUCUUGAAGAGGCUGCAAUUCAUCUCUCUUGUACACUUCUAACAAGGGUCUGGAAAUGCUUAAAGUGCUGUCAGUGCUGUAUUUUUUCCAAUAUUGGCAGGAAAGUGGGCUUUGAUUUAAAGUGUUGUGAUAAAGAAUGUGUUCCAACCCACUCUACACUGCCCUGAAUCUUGAUUUUGGUAUUCCCUGGUGUUGUGUUCAGCUCCACAACUACUCAUUUUUAGGUGUUACUUAGACUUUGUUCAAAACAUCACAGAUAAUUUUUUAUCACCACGUUUGUGUUUUGUAUCAUACUGUACAGAUAUUAAUUCUUGUUUUUGCCAAGAUUUCUUUUAUCUUUUUCUUUUACAAGCUUUUGUGAAGAAAUGGAUGGAAUAGUGUGAUAUUUGAUAAAUUUUUAGGUUAGAGCAUUUUUUUUGUAAAAUGCUAUGCUGUUUUAUGAAGAGUUUGUCAUUUAAUUGACAAAGUGACCGUGAAUAGUCUGGUGUGUUUGAAUAUAUAUUUAUUUGUAUGUAGGAUAUGUUUACGUUGGCAUUAUAUAUUUUUAUAUAAUUUGUAUAUUUUUAAUUGUUUUUAUAAAUGUUCAGGUCUCUUGACAUAGUUAUGUUUGAAUCAAUGUUACCCGUACAAGCAAUCUCUAGCUGUUAACAAAUCCUUCUCAAUCUAUUUUUACUGCAAAAAUAUUAUUGUCCAAAUGUUGUGUUUCUGAUUUCUCAGUUUCUUCCCUUUCCUGUCAAAUUUCUAAUUAAGAUUAAUUUCUUCUCUUUUGCUUUUUGUCUGUGUAUGAUUUGCUGUUUCUUUACUUGCACUAUUUGCAAGCUAAACCUCUACUUACGGGGCAUUCAUCAUCAGCCAUAAUCUCUUCCAAAGUGUCAUGAGCUGUGCUCCUGAGUAAAAAUAACAAAGUUCCAAGUAUAGAUAGUUAAUGGUGAAUGUCUCACAACACUCUUCAAUGAUGUUUAUGAGAGAAUGGUUCACCUGCAUCCCUAUUUAUUGUGCCAUGUACCCUUUUAUUUUCAUUUUCUUUCAAACUAAUUUGUCUGAAGCACUGUUUUUUUUUGGUUUGCAAAUUGCACUUUAAAUGUUGUUUCCAUUUUGUUUUUCCUGUUGUCUUUAAAAGUAUCAGAGUUGUCUGAUAAAACUUUGCUUUGCUGUUGUGAUAAACUGGCCAUGGGGAGCAUUCCAAGGUGGUGCUAGUUUUGGUAAGCAAUAUUUUUGGAAUUUCUCAGACCUUGAGCUUUCUUUUUAAGUUAUCCUUGGUUCACUUAUUCAAGAAUUAAAGUCAUGUAUGUUGUGGGCCCUAUAAGGACUGAGCUAGUUCUUUGUUGAAAAUUAUACCUUGUCAUAGUAUGUUGCUGCUAUGUAUUGUGAUCCAUUGCAUAAUGAUGUGCUAGCUGUUUUGAUAUUGUUAGUGCCUUUUCCUCUCUUGUGCUGUCACUAUCUAGAUUAUUUUAUUAGCGGAGUUACUAAUGGACAAUCGGAGGCCGUUGUGCUGAGGCAAUAUCUAUCUAAUACCUUUAUGAUUUCUCAAUGUUUGAUUGCAGUGACAGAUUACUUAAAUUAAAUUUGGUCCACAAAAGAUGUUCACUCUGUUAAGUACUGUUUUUCUUUUUCUUAACCUUGAGGCCUGUUUGAAUUUUACUGCAUUUAUUUUUUGGUUCUGCAGGUAAUGUAAUGAAUAUGCUCACUUUCAGUUGGUGUAGACUGAAGAGCUGCACCUUGUUUGUCCCCCCCUUUUUGCCAUAUGACUUAAGUUGUUUUUUAUCUAACUUGACAGUUUCUGACAUUUCUCAGAGAAUUGCGAAUUUUAUUUGAAAAAUAUUAAUAAUGAAGUGACAUUUUUGAGUUAUUUUUAACGUUUUUCUGACAAUCAGUUCAGAAGCAAAUUAUUUGCUGGUUACAUCAUCAUGUAUGCUUUUGUUAUUCAUGGUUAAAGUCUUAGCAUUUAUGGAUUACUUACCAAGACUUCUCAGUACUUUUUCUCUUACUUGUGGUUCUUUCACAGUAAGAGGUAUUUUUUCAAAAAAAAUAAAAAAUUGUUCCUUUUGGCUACUCACUUUAGUGUCGUUACCCUUAUUAUACAUUUGUUGCAGUUUUGAGUCUCUUGUGCUCAGCAGCUCAGAUGCUAAAAUAGCUUUUUGUCGUUACUGACUGUUUUACUGUUUUUGUAUGUCAGUAGUGUUUCAGGAUAUCCUUGUACUGCCAUUGUGUUGUACUUCAAAACAUCAGCUCUUCCAUGCUGGUUAGUUAAUUGUUGACUUUCUUAUUUUUUUGCCUGUAACAAGGAUAACCAGUGUAAAAUUUACACUGUCAAAAGGUAGUGACUUUGUAAAUAAAUAAAAUUGUUUUAUAGAUCAACCAAAAUAAGAUUGCAUUGUGACAGUAUGUUGUGCUGCUUUGCUUCCCUCUCCAGUUUAAGGAUCACCAGUAGUGGAAGACCUUCAUAUUUUGGUGUGUCUCUAGAACAUUAGUUUUUACUAAAUAAUUGAAAUGUUAGCAUUGUUAUGGAACGUCUGUUGCCUGACACAUUUGUUUGAUGAACCAACACCACCUCAAUAAUAGAUUUUAGUAACUGUUAUAAAGAUGGUGUAUAGUCAUGUUAAAGUUUCCGUUAUGGAUAAGCAUGUCAGAUAAUUUAAGGUUUACAUGCAUGUUGAAUUGUUCUUAUUCACAUACGUAACCAAUUGAAGUACCUUACACAUCUGUACAUGUGUCAACUUAUUUAUUUUAAAGAUUAAGAAGAAAAUGUUGAAUGUUUUUGAAUGUAUCAUAACAUAAAUUGUAUAUAUUGUUGUAUUGCUUGCCAAUAUAUAUGCCUUAUUGUAAAUUUUAUUCAGAUUUAUAAACUUUAAUAAUAUGUGUACAUUUGUUAGCCAUUCAACUUUUACUCACAUUUUGGUUUAAGAGAUUGUACAUUUGUCAUCUAAAUCAAUAAAUGGAGGUCUUGUUAUUUUUAAAA